AUGUCAGACCUUGAAGAACCAACCGCCCAAGGUCUCAGUCAACAAAUCGAGGCACUAUGCACAGAGCUCGCACCCCUGACCGAGGAAUAUGAAACAGCAGAGAGCGUCCUCAACCAAGACCCUCUCAUUCGCAACAUGCGUCAAGCCCGCAGCGCAUUGAGCCUCAGUUUCGCCAUCCCUUCAUCGCCACACAUCGCAGCCGCUAAAGAGGCCUACAUAGCCGCCAUCCCGACAUUGGAAGAGCUUGUACCCCGUGUUGAGGCAAAUCACGAGCGCUUCUCCGAGCUCGAAGACGAAUGUCUGGAAUUGGCCAACGAACACCUAGAGGGGUUUGUGGAGUUAAAGUCGGAAAUCUUCGCCCACGAGCAGCAAGACCUCUUUCUCGCCCUGUUUGGUUUGAUGGGUUUGACUUCAUCUCUCGCGCACGAGUCGGAAACGACCAAAGAAUACUAUGGCAGAUGUUUGGAGCAGGCUAAGAGUGAUAUCGUUGGCACCACUGAGUGGGCUGAUGAGAUCUCGCCAUUUCGGGCGUACAGGACCUCGACGAGACAUCAUGGCAGGAACGGAGAUCUGUAA